AUGGCGGCGUUCGGUUUCCUCAGUUAUGAACAGCGGCCGCUCAAGCGGCCCCGGCUCGGCCCUCCCGAUGUCUACCCGCAGGAUCCCAAGCAGAAGGAGGACGAGUUGACUGCAGUGAAUGUAAAGCAGGGUUUUAACAAUCAGCCGGCUUUCUCUGGAGAUGAGCAUGGUUCAGCAAGGAACAUUGUCAUCAACCCAGCAAAGAUAGGGGCCUAUUUCAGUAGCAUCUUGGCAGAAAAACUUAAACUCAACACUUUUCAAGACACAGGGAAGAAGAAACCUCAGGUGAAUGCCAAAGAUAACUACUGGCUGGUGACUGCCCGCUCCCAAAGUGCAAUUCACAUCUGGUUCACUGACCUUGCAGGAAAUAAACCAUUGACGGUUUUAGCCAAAAAGGUCCCCAUCCUUAGCAAGAAGGAAGAAGCGUUUGCUUACUUGGCCAAGUAUUCUGUGCCAAUGUUGAGGGGAGCGUGGUUGAUAAAAAUGACCUGUGCGUAUUAUGCUGCUAUUUCUGAAGCCAAGAUUAAGAAGCGACAGGCUACAGAUCCCAACCUCGAAUGGACUCAGAUUCUGACGAGGUACCUUCGUGAACAGCUGGUGAAAAUUGCGGAACAUCAUCACGGGCCAGCUGGACAGGGUCCCAUGUCCACGACAACAGUGCCUCCGGAGGUGGAACAAGCAAUAAAACAAUGGGAAUACAAUGAGAAGCUGGCGUUUUACAUGUUCCAGGAUGGGAUGUUGGAGAGACAUGAAUAUUUAACCUGGAUUCUGGAUGUGCUGGAAAAGGUCAGACCGGCAGAUGACGAACUCCUCAAGAUGCUGUUGCCAUUGAUGCUUCAGUAUUCCGAAGAGUUUGUUCAGUCGGCUUAUUUAUCCCGUCGCCUUGCCUAUUUCUGUGCCAGGAGGCUUUCUGUUCUUCUGAGUGAAAACUCGACAAACCUUGUUCCUGCACACUCCCCUCACAUGAUCAUUGGACCAAAUAACGCUCCACUGGCUGCUCCCAGUCCCGCUGCUCCCGCUGUAGUGAUGAGCCCAGUGCAAUCAGCCUUCUCGGAUUUCCAUUCGUGUCCGCAGCAUCGCCCUUUAGUUUAUGGCCUCAGCUGCAUGUUGCAGACAAUAACUUUAUGUUGUCCUAGUGCCUUGGUGUGGAAUUAUUCCAUGAAUGAUAGCAAAAGCAGCAAUCCUGGCUCGCCUCUUGAUCUGCUCCAAGUGGCCCCAUCCUGUUUACCUAUGCCAGGGGGUAAUUCUGCCUUCAAUCAGCAGGUCCGAGCCAAAAUUUAUGAAGUGGAGCAGCAGAUCAAGCAGCGAGGACAUGCUGUGGAAGUACGAUGGUCUUUUGACAAGUGUCAGGAAUCUACUGCAGGUUUCACUAUCAGUAAGGUCUUGCACACGUUGGAAGUACUGGAUCGUCAUUGUUUUGAUAGAUCUGAUUCCAGCAACUCCCUGGAUAGCCUGUACCAUAAGAUCUUUGGGACAAGUCAGAGCAAGGACAGCCAAGAGCAAAUUGCACCAAAUGAUGAGGCAGUUGUGACUUUACUGUGUGAGUGGGCAGUGAGUUGCAAGCGGUGUGGGAAACACCGAGCGAUGGCAGUAGCAAAACUCCUGGAGAAGAGGCAGGCAGAAAUCGAGGCCGAGAGAUGUGGGGAGUCUGAAGUCCUGGAUGAAAAGGAGUCUAUCUCCUCUGUGUCCCUAACUGGCUCGAGCCUACCUGUGUUUCAGAACAUCCUGCUCCGGUUUCUGGAUACUCAAGCUCCUGUGUUAACUGACUUCAACAACGAAAAUGAGAAAGCAGAAUUUGUGAACCUAGUGCUGUUGUUUUGUGAGUUCAUCCGCCACGAUGUCUUCUCACACGACGCGUAUAUGUGUACUCUUAUAUCCCGUGGGGACCUCACCUCGGUAACCACUUCAGCAAGACCUCGAUCACCAACUACAGACAACUCAGAGGAACAGUACAUGAAGGAGCAUGAUGACACCCUUCAUGGUGUGAAGUUGGAGGAGCAUGGACUUGGAGAGCACAUGGACAUGGAUUCGGGUCCGACCAACUUAUUUGAUGAAGUGGACAAGAAUGACUUCAAAACUGACUUUGGACCUGAAUUUGCAAUUUUCUCUCCAAUGCCUGGAGAUUCUUUGACUUGUGAGCACAGUACCAACCCUUCCUUGGAACAAGGUGCCCAAAGAGAUGAGAAGCCAAUCAGAAAAGAGAAGCAGAAGGAGCUGAUCUUCCCAUGCACUUAUGAGCACCCUCGCCACCUUCAAUAUGCCACUCACUUCCCCAUUCCCCAGGAUGAGACUUCAAGUCACGAGUGCAAUCAACGAAUCAUCCUUCUGUAUGGAGUGGGGAAGCAGAGAGACGAAGCCCGGCACCAGCUGAAAAAGAUUAUCAAGGAUAUCCUGAAAAUACUGAACAAGAAAAGUACUGCAGAGACCACUGGUGAUGAAAGUCAAAAAUCGAAGAGGACCAAACAGGAAGCCCCUCUAACCCUAGAGACAAUUUUUGCCAAACUUCAGCAGCUCUCCUAUUUCGACCAACACCAGUUGACAUCUCAGAUUUCCAGUAAUGUCCUGGAACAAAUCACUAGCUUUGCCUCAGGAACUUCAUACCAUCUGCCUUUAGCUCACCACAUCCAGCUCAUUUUUGAUAUGAUGGAGUGCGCCCUUAAUAUCAAUGGCCUGAUUGACUUUGCAAUCCAGUUACUGAACGAACUGAGUGUAGUGGAGGCGGAGUUGUUGCUGAAAUCCUCGAGUCUGGCUGGGAGCUACACCACAGGACUGUGCCUGUGCAUCGUGGCGGUGCUACGACGCUAUCAUUCUUGCCUCGUGCUCAACCCCGACCAGACGGCACAAGUGUUUGAAGGGCUGUGUGGGGUAGUAAAGCAUGUUGUCAAUCCUUCAGAAUGCUCCUCUCCCGAAAGAUGCAUUCUGGCCUACCUGUAUGAUCUUUAUGUAUCUUGCAGUCACUUAAGAAGCAAGUUUGGUGAUCUUUUCAGUAGCGCCUGUUCAAAGGUUAAGCAGACCAUUUACAGCAACGUACAACCCUCCAACUCAAAUUUGCUGUGGGAUCCAGACUUCAUGUUGGAUUUCAUCGAGAACCCAUCGGCUCAUAAUGUCAACUAUUCCAUGCUGGGGAAGAUUCUUAGCGACAAUGCAGCUAACCGCUACAGCUUUGUGUGCAAUGCACUGAUGAAUGUAUGCAUGGGACAUCAGGACACUGACAGAAUCAACGACAUAGCUAACCUCUGUGCUGAGCUGACCGCCUGCUGCACUGUGUUAAGUUCUGAAUGGCUUGGUGUUCUUAAAGCUCUUUGCUGCUCCUCAAACCAUGUCUGGGGAUUCAAUGACCUGCUCUGCAGUGUGGAUGUGAGCGACCUUUCAUUCCACGACUCUUUGGCUACGUUUAUUGCCAUUCUAAUUGCACGGCAGUGUUUCUCACUGGAGGAUGUGGUUCAGCAUGUGGCACUUCCUUCACUUCUAGCUGCAGCAUGUGGUGAUCCAGAUGCAGAGCCAGGGGCAAGGAUGACAUGCAGACUUUUGCUGCAUUUGUUCAGGACACCACAAGUCAGUCCCUUCCCGCAGACGAAUGGUAAAUCUGCUCCUGGAAUCCGCUCGUCCUGUGAUCGCCAUCUUUUGGCUGCAGCACACAAUAGUAUAGAAGUGGGGGCUGUGUUUGCAGUUCUGAAAGCAAUCCUGAUGCUAGGUGAUGCUGAAUUAGGCAGCAAUAAUGUUAAUUCUUCCAACACUGAUGACUUCACUGUGACCAGUCUGCUGGCUCCCAUCAGCAUCCUCGAUGACAUCACUGAUGAUGAUGUUCUGAGUUCCACUAAAAACCACAAGUCAAUCCGACGAGCUAUUUCCAUUGAAACAGCCAACCUGAGUGAAUAUGCCAGGUUUGUGCUCCGCACCAUUUGCCAACAGGAGUGGGUGGGAGAACAUUGUUUAAAGGAGCCUGAGAGACUGUGUACGGAUAAGGAUCUAAUACUCGACCCAGUACUCUCAAACAAACAGGCACGGCAACUUCUACAACUUAUCUGUUAUCCACAUGGCCUUAAAGAGUGUGUGGAAGGAGACAAUCCUCAGCGUCAGCACAUCAAGCACAUCCUUCAGAAUUUGGACCAGUGGACUCUGAGACAAUCAUGGUUAGAGCUCCAGCUCAUGAUCAAACAAUGUAUGAAGGAACCUGGCCCAGCAUCAGUUGCUGAGAUGAACUCGUUGCUGGAGAAUAUCGCUAAGGCCACCAUUGAGGUCUUCCAGCAAUCUGCUGAGCUGAACAGCAGUGUAGUGGCAGCUGGAAUCGGGCUGUUUAACCCAAGCAAUAACUGCAACAAUGGAGCUAGUAACCCAAGGCAGAAUGGCAAGAAGACUUUCCUAAGCUGUUCAGAGAGGAAAGGAGUCUGGCUAGUGGCACCGUUGAUCGCAAAACUGCCCACAUCAGUCCAGGGCCGAGUGCUGAAGGCAGCGGGAGAGGAGCUCGAGAAGGGGCAACACUUGGGGUCAUCUUCAAAAAAGGAAAGAGACAGACAGAAGCAGAAAAGUAUGUCACUGCUGAGCCAACAGCCAUUCCUGUCAUUGGUCCUGACCUGCCUGAAAGGACAGGAUGAGCAGAGAGAAGGUUUGCUGACCUCCUUGCAAAAUCAGAUCAACCAGAUCUUGAGUAACUGGCGGGAAGAACGUUACCAGGAUGAUAUAAAAGCCCGACAGAUGAUGCACGAAGCUCUGCAGCUGCGUUUGAAUCUGGUUGGUGGGAUGUUUGACACUGUCCAGCGCAGUACCCAGUGGACCACAGACUGGGCUCUACUGCUACUUCAGAUAAUUACCUCAGGAACCGUCGAUGUGCAGACUAACAAUGAACUCUUCACCACCGUGCUGGACAUGUUAGGGGUUUUGAUCAAUGGGAGCCUGGCGUCAGAUCUAUCCAGUACCUCCCAGGGAGGAUCUGAAGAAAACAAGCGCGCCUACAUGAACCUAGUGAAGAAAUUAAAGAAAGAACUUGGUGACAAACAUUCCGAGAGCAUCGACAAAGUACGUCAGCUGCUGCCGCUACCGAAGCAAACCUGUGACGUCAUUACUUGUGAGCCAAUGGGAUCGUUGAUUGACACAAAAGGCAACAAAAUUGCAGGAUUUGAUUCUAUUGACAAAAAACAGGGUCUCCAGGUGUCAACAAAACAGAAGGUCAACCCUUGGGAUUUAUUUGAGGGACAUAAAAAUCCAGCACCGCUCUCCUGGGCCUGGUUUGGCACGGUGCGUGUCGAUCGGAAAGUUAUCAAGUACGAAGAUCAACAUCAUCUCCUCUUGUACCACACUCAUCCCAAACCAAAACCAAGGAGUUACUACCUGGAACCUUUACCACUCCCUCCAGAGGAUGAGGAGGAACCUCCUACCCCAGUCUCCCUGGACUCUGAGAAGAAACCAAUUGAAAUUUCUGAUCAGAGCAAAACCAAUCAGGAGGAGGAGAAGAAGACCAAGAGCAGGAAAAGGAAGCCAAAGUCGUCCGCAUCGAGAACUGACGACUACCAACAAAACAGUGCUUACAGAGUGCCUCCAAAUUACACCCCAAUGUCUUCACAGAUGAUGCAACAUCCCCAGGGAGCCCCUUCGUGGGGCUAUAAUCUCAUGGGCCAACCCCAGCAAACAGGGUUCUACUUUCAAAACCAGCCUCUCCCGCCAGGCGGGCCCCGGUUGGAUCCAACAGGUCAGUUUACGGCGACCAACACCAAGCAGGCCCUGACGAACAUGUUGCAGCGCCGCUCCGGUUCCAUGAUGCAGCCUCCCUCCAUGCCCAGCAUCUCUCCCCAGCAACAGCUGCUGCAGAUGAAACUCCUGCAGCAGCAACAGCAGCAGCGCCUCCUCCGGCAACAGGUGCAGUCCCGGCCGUUCCAACAGGAGACCUGUAGCCCUGCUGUAUCUCUCCAAGAUGGCUAUAACAAUUUCAGCAUUAUGGCACAAUCAGUCGAGCAGAGCGGUCUCUAUGCCCAGCAGGGUCGUACAACCCAACUUCCGCAGUACCCGGGUAUGCAGCAAUCACAGGCGCUGCCUCAUGGGUACACAGCGUACAGUACGCCGAUGCCUUUGCAACAGCAAGCUGGAAAUGGCAUGCUGUCGCCCAACUACAGUGCCAGGCCAUACCAGGCUGCUCAUUCUAACCCAGCUCUCGUGGAACGCAUCAGACAAAUGCAGCAGCAGCCUAGUGGUUACAUUCACCAGCAAGCCUCUCCCUACCCACCAACCCUUCAGGGCAAUCAACGGCUCUCACAUCAACCUUUGCAGCAGAGCACUUUGAUGGCAGCUGGACUUGAUCAUAUGACAUCAGGCCCACAUGCAAACCUUGGUUCAGUCCAACUCUCGCAGGAGCAGAUGAGGCAGAGACAGCAGCAGCUUCGACAGCAGCGACUCCUACAGAUACAGCAGCAGCAGCAGCAGCAACAACAACAAAGUCAGCAAACACUAGGGUUACAAGCAGCGCAAUCGCAGCAAGCACUGUUUUCCAGACAGGGUAUGCAACAAACCCAGCAACAGCAGCAGACAGCAGCACUGGUUCGACAGCUGCAAAAGCAGCUCUCUAGUAAUCAGCCCCAACAGCCGUCAAACGCCUACAGUCAUCCACCCCAUUACUGAACACGGGAGAGAACAACUGAGCAGGCAGUCCCUGGAGAACAACGGAAACCGAGCAAGCUCCCUGUGGGGGCUUCAAUCAUUGUUCAUGCCCACACUCUUCCCCCUCUUGUUAUUUCUUUUUCUUCAUCAUUAUUCCAACACAUGCUUUCCUCCCCCCUGUGAUGUAGCUGAUGUGAAAAAUAAUGUAAAGUGAGAGUAGAUUAUUUUAUUUAAAAGAAAAUGAAAUUGAAGUUUUACAAUGAGACAUGUUUCUUGGAUCUUGUAGGUCCUGUAAAAACGAAGCUGCUGGAUUUUUUUUUGUUUUGUUUUUGCUAAAAGUCAAUUUUGGCGCUUUUAGCUAAUCUACAACAAUGGAAUGUUCUAGAUACAAAUGGAAUUUAUUUAUUUGUUAGCGAGGACACCCUAACAAUGCACUGGACCAAAAUAAUGGUUUAUAUGAAUGAAUUUGACUACGAUGAAAUCGGCUGUCUACAGAACUGUGGCCGCAGAUGCUUUUCACGUUUCAGUGGCUUAUAUUCUUUUGAGCCUCCUGAGGACCAGACAAAGCUGUUCAUUUAAACUGUCAAUUUUGCCUAGAUUUGUAAUUUUACAUGAGCACUUUUUAAGAAGAAGAAAAUAAGUUUGUUAAAUAAUAAAACUAUUUUUCCCCAACGACGAUGAUGACGGUGAUACUAUUGUAUGGUACCUCUGAGCAGCUCUGUUGUGUGUGGUUUGAGUUUGGUAUUUAUAUGUUACAUUUGGAUCUGACGAGCUACGUGAAGGAUGAAGAUGAU